UGGGUUUUUUUGAUUUACUUGUUUUUACUUAAAUGUUUUUCUGCAAACUUCGGGGAGAGCGGUCUUCUCCUCAGCACCAAGCCUGGACUAAUGGAUUACCACGUGCUCGGAUUAAUUUUAGCUUUCCUCCUCGGUGAUGCCAACGUUUUAGCCGGUUAUCCCAUUUGGUGGUCCCUUGCGUUAGGCCAGCAAUAUACCUCGUUGGGCUCCCAGCCGAUCCUGUGCGGUUCCAUUCCUGGCUUAGUGCCCAAGCAGCUCCGGUUCUGCCGCAACUACAUCGAGAUCAUGCCCAGCGUGGCUGAGGGCGUGAAGCUAGGAAUCCAGGAAUGCCAGCACCAGUUCCGGGGGCGCCGUUGGAACUGCACCACCAUCGACGACAGCUUGGCCAUUUUCGGGCCUGUUCUCGAUAAAGCCACGCGAGAAUCUGCCUUUGUCCACGCCAUCGCCUCAGCCGGCGUGGCCUUCGCCGUCACUCGCUCCUGCGCUGAAGGCACGUCCACCAUCUGCGGUUGCGACUCGCAUCACAAGGGGCCACCAGGCGAAGGUUGGAAAUGGGGAGGAUGCAGCGAGGACGCCGACUUUGGCGUGCUGGUUUCGCGGGAGUUUGCCGACGCCCGAGAAAAUCGCCCGGAUGCCCGCUCCGCCAUGAACAGGCACAAUAAUGAAGCUGGGAGAACAACGAUCUUGGACCACAUGCACCUGAAAUGUAAGUGCCACGGGCUGUCGGGCAGCUGCGAGGUCAAAACAUGCUGGUGGGCCCAGCCGGAUUUCCGCGCCAUUGGCGACUACUUGAAGGACAAAUACGACAGCGCUUCGGAGAUGGUGGUAGAGAAACACCGGGAGUCUCGCGGGUGGGUGGAGACGCUGCGUGCAAAAUACGCCCUCUUCAAGCCGCCGACGGAGCGCGACUUGGUCUACUACGAGAACUCGCCCAACUUCUGUGAGCCCAACCCCGAGACCGGCUCGUUCGGCACCCGAGACAGGAUGUGCAACGUGACCUCGCACGGGAUCGACGGGUGCGACUUGCUCUGCUGCGGCCGCGGCCACAACACCCGGACGGAGAAGAGGAAGGAGAAGUGUCAUUGCAUCUUCCACUGGUGCUGCUAUGUCAGCUGCCAGGAAUGCAUCCGAGUUUAUGAUGUCCACACGUGCAAAUAAAAAGAGGCCCUUGAUAGAGCGGAAUGAUAAAUGUGAAGAGACCGCCAGCAAACACCAGCGUUGCAGCCCCUGACGCCUGAACACGGAGAAGAAAAAACAGGAGCCCUUCUCUCCCUCCUUCCUAGCCAAGGCAGGCAAUGGCGGAAGAACAACCCCGUUGGAAAUCAACGUAACAAGACUUCCUUGGACCUUCUGCCAAUCCUGCCAGCAUCUCCCUUCUUUCUUGUUAAAACAGGUUCCUGAUUUCAAGCCGAAACAGUUUUGGGGUACGGGAGGGGGUCUGGUUUUUUUGUUGUUGCACAUAUCAGAAUAUAAUAUAUUUUUUAAAACCCUAAGGACUGAGCAAGGCUGUAGCGACACUGACGAGAGGGGCAUGGUUGCAGCCGCUCACUGCAGUUACCGAGGUGCAGGAAAAGAAUCUCGGUGCUCAAGAAAACAAAAGGCAACCCUGUGAUGGCCGCCUCAGGCCUCGGAGUCAUCAAGCGACAACUGCGGUUGUUUUGUGAAUCGCUUCAUAUGUUAAAACCUUGAGCUUCCCUCUGCACUCACACACCUGUAUGCCCGGCCUGAGUUUUGAGUUAUCCACUGUGGAAGCAGCAGAUUUUGGUGUUGAAGUGGGGGGGAGGGAGAGAGUAAAGAGUGUAUCAUCGUUCUCCUUUCAACUGGGUUUCCCCAAACCCCCUAUUUUAUGUGUAUAUACAAUUGUGUUGCUAUAACCCGGGCACAUUCCAAAAGAACUGGCAUGGUGGCGGGGGGGGGGGUCCCUUGGAAGUAGCUGCAGCGCCAGCCCCUCCUUCAAAAUGUAAACCUUUGUUAAAACCUUAACAGCAUUUCCCAGCAGGUUGAGUUAACAGGAGGGCAACCGAUGGGAUCUGCAACAACAAAACGUUGAGAUGGAUCCUUACCGCUCCCGUUUGAGGGUUCCAGCCAGCCAGCCAGCCUCUUGCAUAUUAUAAGCUAUUAGGGGCUCACAUAAGCCAAUCCCCCUCCUCUCUUUUUUCCAUUUUCCUCCACCCAACACUCAACAGCUCGUGGAGACUGAUGGCCGUUGCUUUUAAAUUUACAAACGUGGGUUUCUGCACACCUAGCGAAUUUCCUGUGUAAAAAUUUCUGCUCGUUUUUUGUUUGUUUCCAAACUGAUAAAGGGACUUGGCUGUUUGAAUCUGCUAUUAGAGGAAACAAGCGGAACUUGCAACGAAACAUUGCAUUUCUCCACCCAUUAAGAGAAGUGCUUCUUCCUGUUCAUGGCUCCAGACAAUGGAAUGGGAGCCUUGUAGUGCUGUGAAGGCUCAGAGUUAGUGGGUGGAGUUUCAGGAGCAAGGAAGCAAUGAAAAACACACCCCUGCUUACCUUUACAGCAUGCUAAAAGGCUGUCUUCCCCAAACCUGGGUAUAAGGUCCACAGUUCUGGAGAUGGGAUAGGUACCCCCCCCCCAACUCUUAUCCUUCCCUUCCCAUUUUAGGAUACUUACGAAAAGCUGUCAGGGGUUUGAGCAAGUCAUUUCUUCCUUCUCAUCCCAUAAUACUUUCCCUUUUGAUGGGGAAGGGGGGUUAGUCAAUUGUCCUUCCACAUCUCAAAAAGCAGACAUGAUUGGAAUACUCCCAUCACCUCCCAGUCUUCCAGUUUCUUUAGAACGUUUUUUCCUCUACAGGCUCAGCUGCCAUCAAGAUGCUCACAGGUUCCCGUCGGGCGUUUUAGACUGUUAAGAAACACUGUUAUCUUUUAAUUUGCAAAUGCACGUAUUUCUGUGGGUCGGGAGAGACCACCAUCUUAUUUUGGGGCGAGAGCAUCAAUCACUGGAGUCUGUUAGAGCAAGUGAGGUCUGUAACAGCGCAUCACAAUGUGUCCUCUCUCCCAAAAGGAGUUCAGAGUUUCAAGCAAGGCAUUCCAACUCUCUGCAACAUUCAUGGUCGCUGAAGUUGUGGGGUUUUGGUGGGGAUGGGUUGGGUUUUUUGUGGAUGGGUUUUUUGUGGAUGGGACGCGG